CCUCAUCAGAGACAUUAGGGCUCUCAGAAGCGAGCGAAGCUCCAUUUUUCGCGGUCCAGCGCGGCUUCCUCCUCCAACUCCGCCCAGCCGAGGCCAACUGAUGCCGCCUCCUUUUCCACUGUGCUUUUCCAGAUAUACCAAAAUAAUAGACUAUUCUUUUGUCAAUGAUUUAUGAAAAAAAGAAACUGUCUGAAGUAUGUCAAAUGUCUAAAUUAAUGAGUAUGCAAAAAUUGUACAUUAUUUUAAAUACCUGUCGUAAAAUUUAAAAUCAUGGCCAAUAGAAAUAUUACAGAUACACAACCCAGGCACAUGACUUUCUCAAACUCGAAAGUACCCAUUAUUGGAUGCUUCAUAGACUACUUUGACAUUGGUUUCAACUACUUGUUCAGUAAAUCAUUUUCCAGGGGCGAAAAGCUCCAGUCCAGCGGGAAAAAACCUUCUCUGUCACCCACUUUCCUAGCGUUUACCUGUCUUUUGCUUGGAUUUGUUGCCAAUGUGAAAUUGGAAGUUGUGAGAUUCGACGAAGCACCGCUGAACUAUGAUUUGCACUUCAUGCUGAUGAGCAAAGAAGAUAAUAUUUAUAUUGAUGACAUCGAUCCUUCUCGUGUUAUGUGGUGUAUUGAAGCUUCUGACUGCUCUGCUUUGCUCAUCAGCUGUGUACUUAUAUGGAAUUACUCAAAUGCAAAGUCCUCGUUCGCUGAAUACAUCUUCCUGCCCUGGCUGGGAGUAAUAGUGCGAGGAAUUCUCCUACGCCAGCUCCCGACUGUAGCUGCUCUUGUCUAUACAAUGGCUACCAUCGACAGCCAACAUGUCAACCCGAUGUUCCUGACUGGCUUCUCCUUUCUGUUCUUGCUGCAAGCGAGAACCUGCUUGGAAAUAGUAAGAGCGCUGCGCGAGCGAUGGCAGCGGCGUGCGUUGUCGGCGGACGAGCGUCGCGUGCAGGUCGAGACCCUCUGGAGCAACGAGGAGGACGACGUGCCAAGCGUCGAGAUGCGCAACUUCCUCUACUAGCCCCGUCCACCGUGUAUAACCUGUUGCCAGCUCGUAUAUCUCUGGAGAUGGUAUGAGCGCUGCGCGAGCUGGCAGCGGCGCGUGCAGGUCGAGACCCUCUGGAGCAACGAGGAGGAUGACGUGCCCAGCGUCGAGAUGCGCAACUUCCUCUACUAGCCCCGUCCACCGUGUAUAACCUGUUGCCAGCUCGUAUAUCUCUGGAGAUGGUAUGAGCGCUGCGCGAGUUGGCAGUGGCGCGUGCAGGUCGAGACCCUCUGGAGCAACUAGGAGGAUGACGUGCCCAGCGUCGGGAUGCGUAACUUCCUCUACUCACCCUGUUUACCGUGUAUAACCUGUUGCCAGCUCGUAUCUGUCUGGGCAUGGUGUCCGGGUGCUGCUCGAGCUGGCAGCGGCGCAUGCAGGUCGAGAUCCUGGAGGACGAUGUGCUCAGCGUCGAGCUGCGCAACUUGUUCUACUAGCGGAAUUCCCGCUGUCAAUCCUAAUCACAGAUUUAGGGCCAGUUGCAACAACCACAUCAACUCCACAGAAGCAUCAACGCUACAGAAGUCUUUGAGAAUUCCAUACAAAAAAUUUUGAGAUCACUAAAUUCGGUGACAGACGGUUCGGUCCAAUCAACCUUAG